AAAGUACGUGGUUGGUUCGGUUACGAGUUAGGGACAUUAUCGACGUUUUUUCUUUCCUCUUCCACAAUAAUAAGUCGGUGUUUUUCCUAUCCACCUUCAAUUUCUUCACCGCAUUUACCGGUUACCGAGAGUAUACCCAGGGACAUAACCGGUAACCUCACCCCCAAGAUUUUCUCUUUCCUCUACUCAUCUGGCUCAUUUUCCCCAAUUCGCAAAACCCAAAAAAAAAAAUCAAAUAAAUAAUAAUAAUUUUUUUUAAUUCCAUACAUCUCGUCGGAACCCUAGAUUUUCUCUCUCUUCAAUGGAAAUAUCUCCGGCGACGUCGGCAUCGGCUUCUUACGAUUCUCAGAUCCGUAGCUCAAAUUCCGAUGACGCGUCGUCGUCGAAUGAGAUGACGGGUUCGAACGACGUCCCGAUCGAAGAAGAGAGAGACGCCAAUUUCACGGCGGUGAAUUCUUUGGCGUCGUCAUCGCCGCCUCCUUCGGUUUUUGCGAACAAGUCGUAUGACGAUGAUGAUGACGAAGAGGAUGUUUGUCGGAUUUGUCGAAAUCCAGGUGAUGCGGAUAACCCGUUGAGAUAUCCUUGUGCUUGUAGUGGGAGUAUUAAAUUUGUUCAUCAAGAUUGCCUUCUUCAAUGGCUCAAUCACAGUAAUGCUCGGCAGUGCGAGGUGUGCAAACAUCCAUUUGCAUUCUCCCCUGUUUAUGCUGAGAAUGCUCCAACUAGACUUCCUUUUCGGGAGUUUGUGUUUGGGAUAGGGAAGAAGACAUGUCAUAUCCUGAAAUUCUUUUUACGCCUUGGUUUUGUGCUAUCUGUUUGGCUCAUGAUUAUCCCUUUCAUCACUUUCUGGAUUUGGCGGCUGGCUUUCGUUCGCAGUUUUUCUGAAGCUAAUCGUUUAUUCCUCAGUCAUAUGUCAUUUACUGUUAUUCUCACUGAUUGUCUGCAUGGUUUUCUUCUCUCGGCAAGCAUUGUGUUUAUUUUUCUUGGGGCUACGUCUUUGAGAGAUUAUUUUAGACAUGUACGAGAAGCUCAAGGACAGGAUGCUGAUAGAGAGGAUGAAGGGGAUAGGAAUGGGGCCAGAGCAGUGAGAAGGCCUCUUGGACAAGCCAAUAGAAAUUUGCUUGCUGAUGGUAAUAUGGAUGAUAUUGGUGAAGCUCAAGGAAUUGGAGCUGGUCAAUUGAUCAGACGGGCAGAAAAUGUUGCUGCUCAAUGGGAGAGACAGGCUGCUCGACUUGAGGUUCAUGUUGAUCAAAUUUUUGAUGGGCUAGACGAUGCUGAUGGUGCAGAAGAUGUUCCCUUUGACGAGCUUGUGGGCAUGCAGGGUCCUGUUUUCCAUUUGGUUGAGAACGCUUUUACUGUUUUGGCAAGCAACAUGAUCUUUCUUGGAGUUGUUAUCUUCACUCCCUUCUCUCUUGGACGUGUAAUACUACAUUAUGUAUCAUGGCUUCUCUCUUCUGCAACAAAUCCGGUGCUUUCCACGAUGAUGCCAUUUACAGAAUCAGCCCUCUCUUUAGCUAAUAUCACCUUAAAGAAUGCUUUGACAGCUGUCACUAAUUUGUCUUCUGAAAAAUCUGAAAAUCUAAUUGAUAAUGUAGCUGAAAUUGUGAGGGCAAAUGCAAGUGAGCUGAAUAUGUCUCCAAACAACAUUAGCUCCCCCCUGACCUCAGAUGUUCUGAAAGGAGUGACUGCUGGAACAUCCAAGCUAUCUGAUGUUACUACACUAGCUGUUGGAUACAUGUUUAUCUUCUCCCUCAUCUUUCUUUACUUUGGUAUGGUUGCAUUAAUUAGGUAUACCAGAGGCGAGCCUCUAACUAUGGGAAGGUUCCAGAGUAUUGCUUCAGCAGCAGAGAAUAUUCCAUCUCUUUUAAGGCAGUUCUUUGCAGGCAUGAGACACUUAAUGACCAUGAUUAAGGUGGCAUUCCUUUUGGUUAUUGAACUCGGGGUUUUCCCAUUGAUGUGCGGCUGGUGGCUGGAUAUUUGCACGAUAAGGAUGUUUGGGAAAUCGAUGGCUCAAAGAGUCGAAUUUUUUUCUGUCUCCCCAUUGGCUAGUUCAUUGGUUCAUUGGGUUGUCGGGAUAUUCUACAUGCUGCAGAUCAGCAUCUUUGUCAGCCUUCUUCGAGGGGUGUUGCGUAGUGGAGUCCUGUAUUUCCUUCGAGAUCCAGCUGAUCCCAACUACAAUCCAUUUCGCGAUCUUAUUGAUGAUCCAGUUCACAAACAUGCCCGUAGAGUCUUGCUUUCUGUAGCUGUCUAUGGCAGUUUGAUUGUGAUGCUAGUUUUUCUGCCUGUAAAACUUGCAAUGCGGAUGGCGCCCUCCAUAUUCCCACUUGAUAUUUCAGUAGCAGAUCCAUUUACUGAGAUACCUGCUGACAUACUGCUGUUUCAAAUCUGCAUCCCUUUUGCCAUUGAGCAUUUCAAACUCAGAACAACUAUUAAGUCUCUUCUUCGGUAUUGGUUCAGUGCUGUUGGCUGGGCACUUGGCUUGACAGAUUUUUUACUUCCUAAGCCCGAGGAUACAGUUGUUCAGGAUAAUGGCAAUGGAGAAGCAGUUAGGCAGGACAGAUUACAUGGCCUACAGCUGGGUGAUGCUCAGCAGGAUCAUCUAGCGCUUCUUCCUGAUGCUGAAAACAACGAGGCCCGUGGAUCUGAAACUUCAGAUGUGAUGGAGGAAUAUGAUGGAGAAGAACAAACUGAUUCAGAGCGAUACAGAUUUGUUUUUCGUAUUGUGCUUCUCUUGGUGGUGGCUUGGAUGACCUUACUUGUCUUCAAUUCUGCAUUGGUUAUUAUUCCUGUAUCUCUCGGAAGGGCCAUCUUCAACUCCAUCCCUCUUCUUCCUAUAACGCAUGGCAUAAAGUGCAAUGACCUGUAUGCUUUUACCAUUGGAAGCUAUGUUAUUUGGACUGCCAUAGCUGGAGUCAGGUAUACAAUUGAGCAGGUCAAAUCAAGGAGGGCUGCAGUUUUAUUUGGUCAAGUGUGGAAGUGGUGUGGAAUUGCUGUCAAAAGUUUUGCUCUUCUGUCAAUAUGGAUCUUUGUAAUCCCCGUCUUGAUAGGGCUGCUAUUCGAGCUUUUGGUGAUUGUACCUAUGCGAGUACCAGUAGAUGAAAGCCCUGUUUUCCUCCUUUACCAGGAUUGGGCUUUGGGGCUGAUAUUUCUGAAGAUAUGGACAAGAUUGGUUAUGUUAGACCACAUGAUGCCCAUGGUAGAUGAGACGUGGAGAGCUAAAUUUGAGAGAGUGAGAGAAGAUGGGUUCUCCAGAUUGCAGGGUCUUUGGGUGUUGCGGGAGAUAGUGCUACCUAUCAUACUAAAGCUGCUAACUGCUCUUUGUGUGCCAUACGUUUUAGCUCGAGGAGUAUUUCCCGUCUUUGGUUAUCCUUUGAUUGUCAACUCGGCUGUUUACCGGUUUGCUUGGCUGGGAUGUCUCUGCUUUAGCGUGUUAUUUUUCUGUGCUAAGAGGUUCCAUCUCUGGUUCACAAACUUGCACAAUUCUAUCCGUGAUGACCGUUACCUUAUUGGUCGUAGGCUCCAUAACUUCGGGGAAGCUGCCAUAAGAAGGGCUGCUGAAGAAUCAGAAGCUUUGAGUUUGCAACGAGAUGAUGUAAUUAGACAAGAAGAUGUGGGACUGAGAUUAAGACGGGGUAACCAGGUUGAUGCUUAGUUUUAAAUGCAAAUUAAUUUACAACCCGGUUAUAACUAUUUCUGGAAGGUAUGUGAAAUGUAGAUUUGAUUAUUUAGUUUGUGCAUAUAACAUGGUGUAAUAGUCAGAGAAGAAGAAGAGGAAAUGUAAUAUUUUUUUGUCCUUUAUACCUUAGUAAUUCUUCUUAGUUGCCGGCUGACAGCCUAGAAAUAAGUUUUUGUUCUUUAUAUAUCCAUCUUGUUUCUUGAAAGAUUAAUAAUAUUUGUUUGAGUUUUAGGUUCA